GUUUUAAAUGUAAUUGAUGAAAAAAACUAUUCAAUUUCACGCCUUAAUUACGGACUAUCAAUCAAUUACUAAGCCACCCUUUAGGUAUUACUAGAUAGGUAUGUACUCUUACUUGCACUUUUAAACUCAACUGUUUUUUCACACGAUUUAGUUAGAGUUACAGAAGUCGCUUACAAUGUUAAACAGAAUAAAACAUACUUUGAUCGAUGACAGCAAGGUACUGCUGGGCCCCAACGUGGCGCUGCUGCGGCUGGCGGGGCUGUACCUGCCGGCGGGGCGGGGCGCGCGCACAGCCUGCCUGCUACUGCACGCGCUGGGCACCGCCUUCAUAGUGCUGCAGUACGUGGAGCUGUACUUCAUCAGCGACGACCUGCACCUCGUCGUGCUCACGCUCAAGAUCAACAUGGCCAGCACCAACGUGGUGAUGAAGGCGUUCUGCUACCUGGUGUUCCAGCGGCGCUGGCGCGAGCUGCACGACUACGUGACGGCGGCGGACGAGGCGGAGCGCGCGCGGCCCGCCGCCGCCGCCGCCGUGCGCCGCUACACCGCGCUGAGCCGCCGCGUCACCGCCGCCUUCUGCAUGUUCAGCGUCUUCACCGGCUUCGUCUUAGUGUUCGGGCCCUACAUCAAGUGGCUGUCCGAGCGAUACCUGGACCGAGUGCCGGCGGAGCUCAUGGGCCCGGUCGACCAUAUCUUCCAGGCCUACGUGCCGUUCGAUAAAUACAGUCCGCGCGGGCGCCUCAUCGCCAACAUCUGGUUCGCGAUGGGCGCGCUGUACGGCUGCGCGGUGUUCACGGCGUUCGACGUGGCGGCGGUGGUGGUGAUGGUGUUCCUGGGCUGCAAGCUGCAGCUGCUGGCGGCGCGCUGCGAGCGGCUGUUCGCGCCCGCGCCCGGCGGAGACCGCUUCUGGGAGACCGUGCGCGAGGUGCACACCGAACACGUCAUGCUUAUCAAGUACUCUAAAAUAUUCAACUCUUUAAUCUCUCCGGUGAUGUUCCUGUACACGCUGCUCUGCUCGCUCAUGCUCUGCACUACCGCCUUCCAAAUCACGUCUAUGCCUAUGAAUAUUACAGAAAAAAUCUUGACAGUGGAAUAUCUGGUGUUUGGCGUGUCCCAGGUGUUCAUGUACUCUUGGAUCAGCAACGACGUUCUUUGUAAGAGCCAGCUCGCCAUGCAGGGCGUGUACCACAGCGCGUGGACGGACGGGCUGGGCGCGGGGGCGCGGGCGGGGGCGCGGCGGCGCGAGGCGGCGGCGCGGGGGCAGGCGCUGCGGCUGCUGGCGGGGCAGCUGGCGGCGCCCAUCUGCUUCACCACCGGGCCCUUCGCGGACCUCACGCUCGCCAACUUCGUCAACAUCCUCAAAGGAGCGUACAGCUACUACACAUUACUUAAAGAUUAAACGGUGGUGAAACGGUGUGAUAAAAAUAUUUAUUAAUUUAAAAACAUUAUUAAACUUUAACAUUAUUAAUUUAAAAACAUUUAAGAAAUAAGUACCUACCUACCCUACCCU